CCGAAUUUUGCAAUAUUUCGAGCAGCUUCCCGUCGUCGACAAAAUGACCGAAGAAAUUCUGAAACAAGGCGUCGGAAUUGUGGAAACCUCAUUGACAUUUGAGCCGCCUUUUUGUGAAUCUUUUGAGCGAAUUUCUAUCGAUAAUUUCCCGAUUUUUGCGCUCGGAAAGGAGAUUUCAAAGGAAGAUGGAAUCGAGGCAAUGAAAAAGUACGUCACAUCGAGAUUUUGGUUCACUUAUCGCAGAGAUUUCUCCCCAAUUGGUGGCACAGGCCCUAGCACGGAUCAAGGAUGGGGUUGCAUGCUGAGAUGCGCACAGAUGCUUCUCGGAGAAGUACUCCUUCGCCGUCACAUUGGACGCCAUUUUGAAUGGGAUAUUGAGAAGACUUCAGAGAUUUAUGAAAAGAUUUUACAAAUGUUUUUCGACGAAAAAGACGCGCUUUACUCGAUUCAUCAAAUUGCUCAAAUGGGUGUUACUGAAGGAAAAGAAGUCUCAAAAUGGUUUGGACCAAAUACGGCGGCUCAAGUAAUGAAGAAGCUCACAAUUUUCGAUGAUUGGUCGAAUAUCGCCGUCCACGUGGCACUUGAUAAUAUUCUUGUGAAAGAGGAUGCUAUUACAAUGGCAACAUCAUAUCCAAGUGAAGAUGCUGUUAAACUUAUUAUGGAAAACGGCCUCGUCGACAAAAACCGUCUCUCCCUCUCCCCAGGCAAUAUAAUCCCCGAAUGGCGUCCCCUUCUCCUAAUGAUUCCCCUACGUUUGGGUCUCACCACGAUCAAUCCAUGCUAUUUAUCAGCAAUUCAAGAAUUCUUUAAAAUCCCACAAUGCGUCGGAAUUAUCGGUGGUCGACCAAAUCAUGCUCUAUACUUUGUUGGAAUGUCUGGUUCGAAACUUUUCUAUCUGGAUCCUCACUAUUGCCGGCCAAAAACUGAAUCGACGGCCAAAAUGUAUGCAGAAAAAGAUUCCACGGCCACCACCGAUGACGUAGGCUUCAGUCAUUUGGAAGAACUUGUUCCAUUACCAUCUCAAACCGCAGACGUUUACACGAAAAUGGAUGAUUCCACGUAUCAUUGUCAAAUGAUGUUAUGGAUUGAGUAUGAGAAUGUGGAUCCUUCACUCGCGUUGGCAAUGUUUUGUGAGACACGUGACGAGUUUGAAAAUCUGUGCGAGACCCUUCAAAAAACCACAUUGCCUGCCUCCCAACCGCCCAUGUUCGAGUUUUUGCAGCGGCGGCCCAAGUAUUUGCCAAAAUUCGAACCAUACACUGGCGUUUCGAUGAAGAUUGAGAUGAAGGAAUUCGAUGACAUCGGCGCCGCCAACGUGAAAAUCGAUGAUGAUUUUGAAGUUUUGGAUGUUCAUACAGAAGAAGAAGACGCAGACGAAGACAAUGAUGAUGACGUGGCAAAUGCCUAAGCCCCGCCCACUUUCCCUACCUUAUCACGACGAUUUUGUUUUGCUGGUUUUUGUAAAAAAUUGUAUUAAAAAUUAUGUUUUUUUUUGGUUUCUCAAAUGUAUUUUUAAAAAAUUGUGAAUGUGAAGAUAAUGUUUUAUAUUAAAAAAUUCGAUAAAAAAUUUAAAUUU